AGAAAGAGAGAGAGAGAGAGAGUUGAAGAAAAGAAAGACAAAAUCCUAAAUUUAUUGAAGAAAUGGAGUUUGUAGUGUUACAACAACUGGUGGCACCCACUUGAAUGAAUCAGAAGAUUCCCAUUUACCAAUCCCCACUUUAAAAAACUAUAAACUUUGUUAAUAAUCAAGAAAGUUAUGAUUACCCAUUAAUUAUUUUUUUCCUUUUUAUGUUUCCGAUGAUCGUUUUCUAUUGGUUCGAAGAUUAUUUAGCAAUGGAGUUAUUAGUUUCAGUAAGUUAGUGGAAGUGAGAUCGAAAUGUUGUGCAGAAGAAUCUCCAGCAAUGCCGAUUCUGGAUCAGCCCCAGUGUACCUCAAUGUGUACGAUCUCACUCCCAUUAAUGGCUAUGCAUAUUGGUUCGGCCUCGGUGUUUACCAUUCUGGUCUUCAAGUUCAUGGAAUUGAAUUUGCAUUUGGAGCUCAUGAAUAUCCAAGCACAGGGAUAUUUGAAGGAGAACCAAAGCAAUGUGAAGGAUUCAGGUUCAGAAAAUCAAUUUUGAUUGGGAAAACAGAUUUGAGUGAAGCAGAAGUGAAGUCAUUAAUGGAAGAACUUGGUAAAGAUUACAGAGGAAAUGCUUAUAAUUUAAUCACUAAAAAUUGCAACCAUUUUUGCAACCAUGUUUGCAUCAAACUCACUGGAAAUCCCAUCCCAAGUUGGGUCAAUCGCCUUGCUAGAAUUGGAUGGAUUUGCAACUGUGUGUUACCAGCAACCUUAAGCUCCACAAGAUUUGGUCAAAACAGAGUUCAAAAGAAAACAAAUGAAGAAAAACAAGAAAAAGGAGGAGAAGAAGAAGAAGAGAAGAAGAAGGAAUCGAUGCCAAAAAUUCAAACAGUUGAAAUUUCAGGUUCUCAUUCUAAUUCUUCUUCCUCGUCGUCCUCUCCGAUUACUCUCCGCAGAGGCAGAAGCAGAACAAGACGCCCUCGUCUUCCAACUUCACCAUUGAUCCCCACUUCAAAUUCUUGAAGAUCGUCAUUAGUUUGAUUAAAUUGCAUGUUUGGUCACUAUACAUCGAAGAAAGUUAGAAUUUAGUCCUUGUGAUAUUAAAAGUGAAUUAUUAUUUACGAAGAAUCUAUCAAAUUAUAAGGACUAACUUUUAACUUUUCGAACGAGGGGAUUAAGUUUGUAAUUUAAUCUAUGAGCUGUUAGUAGCUCAUCGUUUUCUCUUGCAACAAAAAGGAAAGAAAGAAAGAACAGUUUUGGGGUUUGUGAGAGAUUAUGUAAAUUGUGUAUUACUAGGCAAAGUGGGUUGUUUGCCCCUCAAAUGUUUUGUUUUUCCACCAUUAAUGUCUCAAUUUUCUUGGAUUUGAUUGAGCUA